CGCUCCGCCGCCGUGUGUGAGUGUGUGGGGCGGAGGCUGGAGCCGCGAGGUGCGGGUGGAGUUAACCCGGAGCGGCGGCUGCCGAGGGAGGCGAGAGCGAGAGCAUGUCUGCAACUCGUGCCAAGAAAGUGAAGAUGGCCACCAAGUCGUGUCCUGAGUGUGACCAACAGGUUCCUGUUGCAUGUAAAUCAUGUCCUUGUGGUUACAUAUUUAUUAGCAGAAAACUUUUAAAUGCAAAACAUUCAGAGAAAUCAACACCUUCUGCAGAAAACAAGCAUGAGGCCAAGAGGAGGCGAACAGAGAGAGUUAGGAGAGAGAAGAUAAACUCUACAGUAAAUAAAGAUUUAGAAAACAGAAAGAGGUCUCGAAGUAACAGCCAUUCAGAUCAUAUCAGACGAGGACGAGGAAGACCUAAAAGUACAUCUGCCAAAAAACAUGAGGAAGAAAGAGAAAAACAGGAGAAGGAAAUUGACAUCUAUGCUAACCUCUCUGAUGAAAAGGCUUUCGUGUUUUCAGUCGCCUUGGCAGAAAUAAAUAGGAAAAUUAUCAAUCAAAGACUUAUUCUCUGAUAUUUGUCUACAAAAUCUGUUGAACCGUUCUUCAAGAUUACAUCUACAAAUUCUCAAACAGUUGUGGACUCUCAGGAGCAUCUGACUGUUAUAAGGAAGGGCUGUUGAUUGCUUUUGUUCCUUCUGUCAUUUAGCCUGUGCCACACUUUGUGAGCAAAGCUGUAGGCUUGGACUGUGCUUGGAUUUCCUUGUUUGUCAAGGAGUAUUGCCAGUGUUUUGGGAUAUAAUUAAUUAUAUUUACCAAACAAAACCAGAAGAAAACAAACCAGCUGGAUGGAUGUUAAAGAAUAAAAAGGGGUAGGGAUAAGGGAAGGGUGGAAAUACGAAAACUAACGAAGUAAAAGUAAAAUGCUUCAUAGUUUUCAGUUUUGUUACCAGAGAUGCAAUAUUUUAAAUACUGUCACAGAGUGACUUUUAAAUAUAUAUAUAUGUGUAUAUAUAUAUGUACAUAUAUAUAUACACAUAUAUUUCAGAUUUUCAGCACUAGCAGAUUACAUAUAUAUGAUUCAUUUACUUUUCAUAAAUUGGCACUUGAUAUUUUAUUGAUGAGGAAUUAAGAAUAUAGUCUGUAAAUGAUGUUUUCAGUUGAUUUUUUUUGGCCACUGUUUUUAUGAUUUAAGGUAGGAGUUAAAUUUUCAGAAAUAUUUUCUAGAUGGUUUGAAAAUUUGGGUGCUUUAUAAGAAUUACAUUUUAAGGAGAUAUCAUACAUCAGAUAUAAAUACCUUGUUUUAUUGAAUGUUUUAUUUAUUAGUUAAAAAUUUUGCUGUCAAGAUGGUGCCUAUUAACCUAAACACAAGAUAUAUUUAUUACAGGCAUAUAUUUCUUAGCCACUUAUAAGCAGUAAGGUUUUAUCUGAAUGGAUGUUCAUUUAUAUAUAUCCUGGUAAUUAUUUAAACUGUUACUUAAUCUCCCCCUGGAAAAAAAAUAAAUCUUAAUAUUAAAAGUAGAUUAGUAUGGUAUAGCUGCUUGUCUUAGUGAAAUUUGUAAGAUAUAUUUCUGUCUUAAUUUUUCUAGUGUUAUUCCUUAUAAUUUAUUUCAUGCUUUUAAGUACUUUUGCACUUUGACAUGGCAGUUUAAUGAUCAAUGUAUUCAACUUUGUUAAUAACUUUUUUUCUGUUUGUUUGUUUGUUUGUUUCUCCUGCUCCAAUCUGUAUGGAAUUCCCACAGCCUUCUUAGGGAAUUUAGCCAUUAGACUUUUGACCUGGUUAAGGUAAUCUCCCUCUGUUUUGGGGGGAUUUUUUUGUAUGUAUUUGUUUAUUUUUAAUUACGACAUAGAAACUUGUACAUAUUCAUGGGCACAGGGUAGUUGGGGUAUUAAAUAUUUAAAGUUUUAAUAGCUAUUUUGAAAUGUAUAAUUGUCAGUUAUAGUUCCCUUCCAGUUUCAGUAGUAACAUUGUCAGUUUCAUUCUGUCACCUCUCCAAAGAAGAUAGAUCUGCAUUUUUUUCUCCUUGAUAUAAAUUGACAGCUGACAGAGGGAGCUUGAGAGAUUCUUUAGAUGGAUAUAGAAUUUUCUUCAGAUGUCUUUCCUCUUCUCUGUCUCUCUUAUCUCUCCCCAUUUCCUCCUCUUUUUGAGGCAAGGUCUCCCUAUGUAAGGUAGCUCCGGCUUUUUCAGCAUCUUCUUGAAUAUUGGGAUUAUACCAAGUGCUGGGAUUACAGGUGUGUAUCAUGUCUGGCUUCCUUUUCUAUUAAUUGCCAUAUAUACCUGCAGAUACUACUAUAGUUACAUGCAUUUUAAUCUCUUAAUAAUAAACACAUAAUAAAAGGUUCCAAAUAAUACAA